AUGGCCAAUUCCCGUAUCCACAGCUUGCGUUCAGACUCAUACUUUGAACCCAGUGCUCGUGACAUAGUUUACUCCAACAACCGGAAAAUCGAUGGCUUGAUAAAAUCCGGGGACUUGAACACUGCCCUCAAACUGUUCGAUGAAAUGCUUGUAUACGAUGUUGUUACCUAUAACAUGCUUAUUUCUGGAGACGGGCGACAUGGGUUUCCGGAACAGGCUUUUCACUUGUACGCUGAAAUGGUUUCACAAGGAAUUAGAGAAAGUGCGUCCACGUUUUCAUCGGUUUUGGGUGUUUGUAAUGACGCAGGGUUUUGUAGAGAAGGAAUGCAAGUUCAUUGCAGGGUUGUCUCACUUGGGUUCGGCUUGAAUUUGUAUGUAGGGAGUUCACUUGUUGAUCUUUAUUUCUUGGACGUUAAAACUGCUUUUCUAAAUGGAGAACUAGAGGAAGAAAUUUACAUGGAUCAACUUGAUGGUUUUGUAAUACCUGGGCAAGAGCAUAAAAAAAAAAUUCUGAAGAAGUUCAAAUAUUUUGAUUGUAAGCCUGCUUGUACACCGUUUGAUCAUAGUAUGAAGCUGUUUAAGAACAUUGGUGAAAGUGUUAGACAAAUUGAGUAUGCAAGCAUCAUUGGUAGCCUCAGAUAUGCUACUGAUUGCACUAGGCCAGACAUAGCCUAUGCAGUUGGGGUUCUAUGUAAGUACACGAGUAGUCCCAAUAUGGAACACUGGUAUGCAAUUGAAAGGGUAAUAAGAUACCUUAAAAGGACUAUCAAUUUUGGUUUAUGUUAUGAAAAGUUUCCCGCUGUUCUUGAAGGAUACAGCAAUGCUGAUUGGAAUACACUAUCAGAAGACUCUAAAGCCACGAGUGGCUAUAUUUUUAAUAUAGCUGGAGCUGUAGUCUCGUGGAAGUCUAAGAAACAGACCAUACUUGCUCAAUCAACAAUGGAAUCUGAAAUGAUUGCCCUAGCAACAACUAGUGAAAAAGCAGGAUGGUUGAAGGAUCUUUUGUCAGACAUUCCAUUACGGGAGAAACCAGUUACUGCUGUGUUUAUUCACUGUGAUAGCACAUCAACUAUUGCAAAAGUGAAAAAUCGAUAUUUUAAUGGAAAGAGACGAAAGAUUCGUCGAAAACACAGCACGGUAACUGGGUUUCUUUCCAAAGGGACUGUCAGAAUAUAUCAUGUCAGUGUUUUCAACAAUUUCCAUAUGGGACUAGACAAUGUAGCUGUGAAGCUGUUUGAUGAGUUGCUGGACCGAAACUUAGCUGUUUGGAAUGUGUUGUUACUGUUGGAGUAUGUGGCCAAGUGGAUGGAAUUAGAUGGUGUGGAUCCAAAUGCGCUUACUUACUGUUAUUUGAUCCUCGGAAGUUGUAGUGGGAGGCUUUUGGAAGCAGGAAAGCAGCUGCAUUGCCGCAUUGUUAAGGACGGAUGGGUGGAAUCAAAUACAUUCGUUGCCAAUGCUCUGGUGGAUUUAUACUCUGCUUGUGGGAGCUUGAUUGAUGCAACAGAAGCAUUUGAAGCUAUUCCGAAGAAGGUCUACACCGAAAAUGGUUUACCACUUGAUGCGCUUGAGUUAUUUGCUGAGAUGCAGUUUUGGGAGAAGAGGCCAUCGAUCGGUUUGUUAACUUUGUUUGUAGGGUUUUUGAAUUUAGCUAGUUGGACUGAGAAUUUUGAACUUGUAAAGCAGAUGCACUCUUAUGUUGUGAAGUUGGGUUUUGGUCACGGUGGGAAUGUUUAUGUUCAAUCUGCUCUAAUAUAUAUGUACGGGAAAUGCGGUGACAUUGGAAAGUUCAGUGUCUAUUUAUGA